GCUUAUCAGCAGAAUCCGCCCACUUGAUUUCGGAGGUAAUGCAAACAUUCUUCAACAAGGCGGCCGGAACAUCAGUUCUCUGGCACAGGAACUGGGAAUUUUGAAACUGCAGCACGGCUAGAAGCACUGUACCACCACAAACAAGCAAUAUGUCACUGGGGGCACGGGAACGGCGGUCUCGGCCACGUAAGGACUUGAGGAAACAUGUGAACCACAUGCGCCGCCUGGCGUCUCACGCCACAGAGGGACGCGACCCUCGCGAUCCACGUCCCGUCCCCAGCCCACCCUGGUGGUCAACGGUGUUCUCCAGCCGCUACAAGACGGAGAUGUGUCAUCACCUGGUGGAAGAGGGCGUCUGCAGCUUCGGAGACGGCUGUGUCUACGCACACAGCGUUCACGAACUGAGGCCCAUAAAACGGCAUCCCAAGCAUCGCUCCGAACUCUGCAAGGACUACCACCAGGAUGGCUACUGCUCAUUCGGCGCACGCUGCAGUUUCAUCCACACGAAACCCGACCUGGAGGAACUCAAGUCGUCCCUCCAGCCCACCCCUAAAGUUCCCAUGCCCGAGAACCCUCGUAGCGCCGUCAAAGAAACUGACAGUUCCGGCUACAAGACUUCCUCUCCGCGGAGCUCCGAUGACCAGGACUCUCCUCCGACGCCCAGUUCCAAGAAGCGCAAGACUUCUGCCUCUGAACUCAAGGGCGACGCGGUGGUUGUGAUGCCUUUGCCGCUUAAGGCUACGUUAUUUGAGACGCCCUUAGAGCCUGGCUUCAGGCACAGGUGGGGGAGACGCAGGCAAGGUCUGUGGAAGGAACUGCCUCCCAGGCGCUUGGCCAUCUUCGAACAGCUUUGUCCGCAGCUGUGCGCGCGUAGCCAGGACUGAUUUCCUGAAGGUUUUUAAAUUUAAUAUUGAAUCUCGACCAUAAUAUUUGAGAUGGACCAGCGCCAUAGAUUUUAUCAAGAAGUGCCUUGCUGUUUAGCGGUAUCAUACUUAAUGACGGGAAGCAUUUUUAACUGAAUAGACAACCGUGUGUUAAACGGCACGUAUUUUAGACUUAGUCACGUGAUGUAUUUCCAAUGUGGCGAUUGGCCGUUUUUAAUUCGGAGAAUAUUGUAGAAUUGUAUUGAAGAGUAUUGAAGAAUAUUGUAGCGCAUAAUUUGUUGCGCGCAUGUGGUAUUUCUUACUGUGGUAUGCAAACUAAAGUUCCUUCUUUCUUUCUUUUUUUUUCUUACCUGUUCACAACGCAUUGCGGCACGAACGCUUUCAAGACGACGUUCUUAAUUAUUAGAUAGGAACUAGGUAAGAUAGAUAGGAUUAGAUUAGAACGCAGGGCUUGAGCUUGUAUGGUAAGUAUAAAGACUUUCGAUUUCGUCGGGCACUCUUCUGACCGAUAUUCAUUGCCUCUAAUGUUAACGUUAUUCCUUCACAUCCACCACUUGUAUCCACGACAUUCAAUUGUGCAUGAUUGUGACAGUGCUGAUAUUUAUCUUCCUUUUAGUCUUCUAGGACUGACCCAUGUUGCAUGACAUGGACUUUGUACAUGAGUGAAACUUGUGCAAUGAUUAUACUGCGUGAUCACACGGAUCAGUUCAGCAUGUUUAGUGCGUUUAGUGCAUGCCAUGUGCUCCCUGUCCUUCGCCACAAUCGUGCUUCAUCAUGUGCUCCAACAAUUCACGGUAAUAUUAAAGUAUUUUAACAACAUUAA